AUGGUUCCUUAAAAGAACAAUUUCGUUAGAGACUCAGUAGAAUCAUUCAGACAUCAAUCAGCCAAAAAGAGUAGUAAUCUUAAUCAGACGGAGACCAUAGUUCCUAAACACAGAGGUAAUGGAUCAAGAAUAAAAGAGCAGAAUACGAUGAAUAUUUCAUAGGGCGUGCUAGAUAACAAUAAGAAAUAUCAAAGACUUAUGUCAGCUGAACCUUCACUUAAGUCUAGAUACAUGAUGAAAGAAUAGAAUAGUCAGAAUCAUUAAUAAGUUUUCUUUCCUGAGAUAAAAUCCACCAAUUAUACGUUGAUUAAUGAUAAUAAUCUUAGCCCUACUUCCUAAAAUAAAAGCCCAGUUAAUUACGAUAAUGGAAUGGGUCCCACUUCUUUAGGAUUGUCUAAUUAAUCUAACUUCGUACCUAUAAUGCCUAAAUCAGCAGCGUAACAAAUUUCAAUAGAGGAUAUCUCGCCAGAACUAGCAGCCUAAAUAGUAAAGAACUUUAUUCUGCCAAUGUUCGAAAGUGAUCAUAAAAAAUACCUUAAAAAGAAGUAUAACAGAACCAAGACUUCUGGAAGCUAAAUGAAUCUUAGAUCUAAAGGAGUGUCUGGGACAUCAAUUGGUGUAAAGAAUUCAGUUUAUGGCGAGCUGAAACUAAGUGAGUAGUUGAAUGAAUAACUAGGUGAGUUAAAAUAGAGAUUUGAUGGACUUCAGGAAAAGCUAGAGGAAACAUUUUAUCAGAAAGAAUUGCAACAAAAGGAAUUGAAUGAGUUAAAUUCAAAGUAUUUGAAAAGGGGUGAAAUACUGCACAGUCUAUAACGGAAACUUAAACUAAUGCAAUAAGUACUUUCAGAGUCAAUAUAAAAAUGCUUCCAACUAAUCACUAAUGGAAAUGCAUUGACUAGCUUUGCAUAGAUAAGUGAUUAUUAUAGAAAGUAUUACGCAGACUUAUUAAGAGAUUAGCUGUUAAUGAACGAUCAGUAAAAAUACCAGCUUUAAGAAGUAACAUCAAGUAAAUAGCUAAACGAGGUAAAGUAUGAAAUUAUUGAGGAUCAGCUCAAACUGCUGUAUAACUCAGUGCAAUGCUUAGCAGACACCAAGAAGCAAGAGGAUAGAUAUCAAGGUAAUCUAGAUAGAAUACAGGGUUAGUACAAUAGUUUAAUGUCUGAGAAGUAAGAUAUCUUUGACAACCUGAGAAAAACUACUAGUGAAAGAGAUGAAGCACAGUUGAAUUUGAAGGAAAUGACAGCAAGUAGAUAGAUCUUACUAAAGGAAAAGGAGACAUUUGCAACUUCGAUGAAGGAGAAAAUGAAUCAAAUGGAAACUGAUCUAAAAACUAAGAACGAAGAAAUCAAGAGGCUGAUUGAAGAGCUGAAUAAACUCGAGAAAUUCAACAAAUAGCUCCUCAUGGAGAGAGAUAAAAUGAAACAAAGAUUCCUUAAACUCAAAAACAGGAGAUUCAAGAUUGAUCAGGAUUCAAAGAUUUGCAAGAAGUGCGGCAAAGAGUACAAUGAAAAAGAGAAUUACAAUUGGAGUUGUAGGACCCAUUAAAGCGACUGGGGCGGGGAAAUGUGGUGGUGUUGUGGUAAGACCUCUAAGGAUGAUCUUGGUUGCAAGUUUUCAAAGCACGAAUGCAAGGAAGACGAUGAAGAUGAUGUUGACCCAGAUGACAAACUUCAAGACCAACUUAGACAACUCAAAAAUCUGAGGUGUCUGUGCUGCAAAGAUCUUGGACAUAAAAUGGACUAGUGCCCUCGAGAUCCUAACUUACGGACUGCCUAAGAUAAAGCCCUGAUUGAUAAGGAUCUGGAGAGAAUAAAAAUGAUCAAAGACUAUAGAAAAAUAUUCUCAGAUACUAUGGUUCUUACCACUCACUUCCUGAAGAAAUGCGUCAAAGUGCCUAAGUUCAAGUAGCAAUAGCAGUUGCAGCAAAUAUCUGAGGAGAUCGACUCGAGGGAAAUGGAGAAUACAAUCCAAAGAGAAAUUGAAGAGAUCAACAAGAAAAAAGAGAUACUUAAAUAGAAUCCUUUUAAGAGAGGAGCUAUGAGAUUCGAAGAUUACAACUACAACAUCUACAAUAACUAUAUCUUGAUUGAUAAUGAGAAAGGACAGCAACUAUAAAAACAAGGCUACAGAAAUCUGCCUUAGGGAAUGGAAGGAGGGAUAGUGCUUACCGAAUAAAUUUUAGAAAAGAGUGUGAAUGAGCAGUAUCUAUUCUAGGAGUUAAAUGGAGGAGAGCCAAUAGACAGAAAAGAUACAAGUGGCCCGAAAGUAACUGAGGAAGAUAUGUCACCCAAAAUUAAUUUCGAAUAAAAAGAGGACUUGCCAACGAUUGAAGGUGAAUAAGAUGAUAGCUAGGAUGAAGACGAUGGAGAGGAAGAUGAUGAUGAAGAGGAAUACACCAUAUUUUAUGACAAGACUGAAAUUGAAUCGACCAAAGCUUUCCAAUAAACUGAUGCUUUUGAGGGUAUUAGAGCCCUUAAACAAGAAGUUGUGAUUUAGAAGCAAAAGAAUUAAAGAGAAAUGAUGAAUUUUGUAGAUAUUAUGCAACAUAUACCCCAACCUGUCAACUAGAAAAAACCAAAGAGUUAUAGAGGAUCUCACACCGGUGAUUUAGUUGAUGAUAGAUCUCAGCAGAUGAUUGAUGCAGAUCAAAUUCUUCAAAAUGAUUUUGAUUAGCCAGGCAUGAGCUAGAGUAGACAAGGAACAGAGAGCAAUAAUAACAAUUUGCAUAGCACAUAAAAGAUUAAAAAAGAGGAAUCAGACAUGAUUCUAAAUGAGAUUCGUCAAAUUAUUGAAGAGGAAUCAUAAAUUGGGAAUAACAACCCUCUAGAAGACAGUUAAAAGAUCAACCUACUUGGUGCCAAUAAAAACUCUAAAACUUUAGUUGAAGAAAGUCCUAAAGAAUCAAGCAAGUCUAAGAAAACAGAUAAAACUGGCAAAAAAUAAAAAAGGAAAAGUAGUGCUAAAACUUCAGAUAAAGGAAAAGAUGAGGGAUAGCAAGUUAAGAGUAUAUCUGAUAAAAGCACCAAUAAGAAAAAAUCUAAAGCUUGA